CUUCUUUUCUUUCUGAGUAGACGAAUAAGUAGACUCACGGAGAAGCAGUACAGAAAAAAAAAGAGGAAGAACCUUCAGGCAUAAACCUCUCUACAGUUUUAUUUUAAGACACUUGAAACUUUCCGGCUUGAAGCUGGACAUCGCUUUUUGGAAUGCUUUCUCUGAACGCAACAGCACCGCUGACCACUGCGGCAGCCAGAGACAUGAACUUCACUGACAAUGUGAACGACUCGUAUGAAUACUCAGAAGACGUCUUAAUCGUACACUGUCAUUUGGAGGAUUAUGAUCAAAUCACAGGACUGAGCUACAUCUUCAUCUGUUGCUUCAGCUUUCUUGGGAAUGGAAUGCUCCUGUACUGUCUGGCCCGCUUCGAAGACCUCAAGAGGGUCACUAUGCGCUUUUUGUUCUUCUUGGCGCUUUUUGACCUGCUGUUCACGCUGACUGUUCCUUUCUGGGCUGUUGAGAACCUGAUGGAGUGGGUCUUCGGGGUUGCUGCGUGUAAGAUCCUAACCGGGGCCUAUUUUAUCGGAAUAUACGGAAGCCUCAUCCUACUGACGGCCAUGACGGUGGACUGCUUCUUUUUUAUUGUCGUACGCAGCCGGUGGUUCACUUACAGGAGACGGCUCAACUGUGCAAAGGCGGCUUUCGCAGGGUCUUGGAUCAUCAGCGUGUUAGCCUGUCUAAAAGACGCCCUGUCCUCCGAUGUCAAAGAGGUGAAUUCCGUCCAUACCUGUGACUCUACGGCUUCUCAGGACAACCAUGUAGGCUACUACACCCAGCUUAUCAUGCUCUUUGUCAUUCCUCUAACGAUCAUCAUAAUAUGCUACGGCAAAAUCCUGCACACUCUCAUGUCCAGCACGGGCCGGAAGAGGUAUAAGACCUUCCUGGUGGUUUUGCUCAUCAUCCUGGCUUUUGUCAUAUGUUGGGGACCUUAUCAUGUCGUCAUAAUCCUGAUGCCUAUGCUUUCUUACACGGAUUGCUAUAAGAGCAUUCAGCUCAACCGAGCCUACGUGGCUUGCCGGAUCCUCGCUUAUUCCCACUGCUGCAUCAAUCCACUGUUGUUUCUGAUCAGAGGAAAGCCCAGAAGGAUCCUGUCCAGCUUUAUUUUCCGCCAUACGCAACACAGGAGCCAUCAAGGAUCCGACAGAUCUUCUGACCCGAGCAACUUCAUCCAGCAGCACUUUAGCAUGCCGAUUCCACAGAAUGUAACAGAGCUCAAAUCGAUCUGAGGAAUGACAAUGAACUGAAUCCUGGUGGUCCAGCGGCAGGAUCCCGAGCUCUCAUUGUCCCGGCCCAGGUUCGAUUCCCCAGACGCCGAAGAGUUCACUCUCAGGGCUGGUCCCAAGCCUGUGUUAAAUGGGAGGUGUAAAAGUGUCAGGA